UUGCAAAAUUGGACAAACCCUUUGCGACUUUGUACGACAUAGAGAGGUCGUACCCACAAACAGUAUUCGGAAGGAAAGCACCAUCAGCGAAGAUGGUACUUCUUCCAGUACCACGCAACCUCAAAGAAAUAACUCAGAUAUUUCUGGUGAGGAGCAAACUGCUGUGCAAGAGCCUAAAAGCCAAAAACCGGUACAGUGUGCUUCGAGUAGAGGUGCCUCACCAAGGAAAAGCAUUAUUCCGACUUGUAAAUUAAAAGGCACCGCACAGAAGAUCAAAUAUCGUCGCAAACAGGAACCAGUGGUUCCUGUACACAUUAGUAGCACCACCAGCACCACUCAGUUUCAUCAAACAGCACCGGCCGUGGAGCCGUCCAUUGCAGACUCACCAUUAGCCAAUAGUAAAAAUAAUAAUAUCUGGAGUCGGUUACUGCGCCAGUUCUCAAAUAGCACCAUAACUGGCAGAACGGUGGUCAACAGUAGUCGGAGUGCAAGGGAGGUGCAAGAGGAGAGAACCGAGACGACAUCAACCAGAGGCAAUUCGUCCAUCGUUGAGGGACUUAGCCUCGAGGCAACGGACACUGCCGUUGCAGAACAUAAUGAGGAAACAAUGGAUAAUGAUGCGCAGCCGUCAGCAGAUGCAGUCAAUAGCCCGAAAAAUCGAGACGCUGGUGUAGUAUCCGCGGAUAAAAGCAAAAACAUGCCAGCCAAGGCUGUUGUGUCCCCGUCGCCGUCCCCAACAGCGUCUGCUGCUGCUGCAGAUGCCAAACCGAAACCGCGAGUGGAAUCGAAUCGAAAAUCGUCGUCUGACACGGGACUGGAGCCAGCGGUAAAGCAACAAUCGUCGACGGGGCCCCAAUCGAUGACCAGCGGAAUGCCUUUCAAAGCGCCAAGCGGCAAGGGAGCAAAACCAGCAAAGGGGACUAACAAUAAUGUGCAGCCAAUACGCUUUGUGCGGAAGAACGUUGAGCAAUCGAACCGAAAUGCCAACCCGUUGCAGUUUGAGGAGCUAGAAACCGAGUUUCCACGCGAUUACGAUGACAACAUUGAGGUGCUAUCGCGCGAAGCUGAACGUUUGGAGGAGACAUUUCGUACACCGACCCGAUCGAAUACUACUGAAGCGGCCAAUCAUCAAGUAGCUGGGAUUAUUGACACCAUCAUUAACGAGGCGUCGCGCAGUGUGAAGACUGAGAAGACUCAAACUGAUGUGCCAUCCAAGCCAGCCAAUAAACAGCCAAGCGGUGUUAAGCGCGUUGGCUUCUACGUCGAGGAGAAGCACGAUGGCGAGGGACUCCAUGAUGAAAGUCAACCAAAGGUUUUCGCGGACUCGUCCAAGCAAUCGGAGCGAGGCGAGGGAAUUGCCGGCGAUGCAACUGUUGCUGGUACAGAGUCAUCGGUGGCUCUGUUGCCAUCAUCGGCACUCACCACAUCGGCCACCUCGUCAGUGACGUCCCUGCAGAAAGAACGUAAAAGCGAUGAGGAUGAUGAUCCGAUAGCAUUGUCGCCAUGCACACGCUUCUUCAAAUACGACAUAGAAGUGGGUCGUGGUUCCUUUAAGACCGUUUAUCGCGGCCUAGACACUCUAACCGGAGUGCCAGUCGCCUGGUGCGAGUUGCUGGAUAAACAAGUGAAGAAAAGUGAACGCACUCGAUUCCGAGAAGAAGCGGAUAUGUUGAAGAAAUUGCAGCAUCCAAACAUUGUGCGAUUCUAUACGUAUUGGGAGUUUCCUGUUGGACGCAAAAAGAACAUCGUACUAGUCACCGAACUAAUGUUAUCUGGUACUUUAAAGUCGUAUUUAAAACGAUUCAAAAAAAUACACCCAAAGGUAUUGAAGUCAUGGUGUCGUCAGAUCUUAAAGGGUCUUAACUUCCUGCAUACUCGUCAAUUUCCUAUAAUUCAUCGUGAUUUGAAAUGUGAUAAUAUUUUUAUAACUGGCACCACUGGUAGCGUUAAAAUCGGUGACUUGGGACUGGCAACUCUAAAAAAUCGGUCCCAUGCUAAAUCUGUGAUUGGUACACCUGAAUUUAUGGCACCCGAGAUGUACGAGGAGCACUAUGAUGAAUCGGUGGACGUUUAUGCAUUUGGCAUGUGCAUGUUGGAGAUGGCCAUAUCCGAAUAUCCUUACAGCGAGUGCAAGGGCCCAGCCCAGAUAUACAAGAAGGUCAUAUCUGGCAUUAAACCGGCUGCCCUCUCCAAAGUCGAAGAUCCCAAUGUGAGGGACAUCAUUGAGCGUUGCAUUGAGCUGAAAAAGGAAGAUCGUCCCAGAUGCAACGAACUGCUCGAAUCUGAAUUUUUCGAUGAGGACAUUGGCAUACGUGUGGAACCGACUGCCUCGGAGCAGUUCCUCUCGGAUCCCAGCAUCAACAUUAUUGAGUUUCGUCUGCGAUUUAUGGACCCAAAGAAACGCUCAUCACGCCACAAGGAAAACGAGGCCAUUCAGUUUGAGUUCAAUAUAGAUCACGAUGAGUACGAGCAAAUUGCCCAGGAUAUGAUGAAGGAGAACAUCAUAUCGGAGGAUGAUUCAAGGGCAGUGGCGCGCCUGCUCAAGGUGCAGGUUGUAUCGCUGCUCAAGGAACGCACGCAGCGCCAAACCGAAAUUAAGCUCCAGAAAAAGCUGGCCUUGCAACAGCAGCAGGAGAGCUUGCCCACAAAUGUUGAGGAGGAAGACGACGAGGAGGAUGAGUCCGACGACGAGGAGGAUGGAAUUAUUAUAACGGAACUGCCGACCAAGCUCGAAAUGCCAAAUGUCGAUUCGGAGACAAGUCUGGGUACCAACACAAGCAGUACCGAUCCACAGAAAAUGGUACCAAGAUCCACCAAUUCCAUUCAAAACGGUGGCGCUCAAUUGCAACAGCAGCAACAACAACAGCAGCAACAACAACAGCAGCAACAACAACAGCAGCAACAACAACAGCAGCAACAACAACAGCAGCAGCAACAGAUGCCCCAGUCAUUGCCAGGACAGCAGACAGUAAUCGCUGCACCCGCUGCGAUGGCUCAGGUUCAGCAACAUCAGACGACAGUUCAUUACAUACAGAACCCGCAGAUGGCCUCAUAUCAACAGAAUACGGCCAACUCCAUGCAGGACAUUGCGAAUGGACAUGGUCAGGUUAUUUCACCCACAGGCAAUCAACAACAACAGCAGCAGCAACAACAGCAGGCAGUUCAGCAGCCAGUGGUACAGCUACAAGCAGCGCAAGCGAGCGUGCCGCCAUCGCAAUUGUUGCCCCAACAGGUACAGGUGCCGGUGCAGGUGCAACCAGUUGCAGUUGCCCAACAGCAACAACAACCUGCUGCUAUAAUUCAACCGCAGCAACAUCUGGUCGAACAGCAGAAUGUACAGCAAAUACCCUUGCAGCAUCUGCAGCAAAUUAUGCAAAACAAUGUGCCGGCAACGGAUCUUGUGCAGCAGCAACAGCAGCAAUAUUAUCAACAGCAACAACAACAGGCACAGGCGCCGCUUGCCAUGCAUCAAGUGCAGAUUUCACAGCAACAGCAGCCGUAUGCACUACAACAACAGCAACAGCAGAUGCAACAACAACAGCAGCUGCCAGUAUCACAGCAAGCAAUGCCGCAGCAGCAUCAGUUGCCACCACACAAUCAGCAACCCAUUCCAAAUCAGCCCAUACAACAACAAGCCAUACAACAACAACAGCAACCCAUUCAGCAACAACCUAUGCAACAACAACCUAUCCAGCAACAACCCAUACAACAACAGGCAAUUCAGCAGCAACAACCCAUACAACAACAGCAACCCAUUCAACAACAACCUCUUCAGCAACAGGCAAUGCAGCAAUCAACUAUGCAGCAGCAGCAGCCCAUUCAACAACAAGCACCCAUGCAACAGGCACCCAUGCAACAAGCAGCCAUACAACAACCACCCAUGCAACAGCAACCAAUACAACAACCAACCAUGCAACAACCGCCCAUACAACAAACAACAACACAACAGCAAAUUCUUCAGCAACAUCACUUGCAGCAGCUGCAUCAGCAGCAACAAUUCGCUCAACAGCAGCAGCAGCAGCAACAGCAGCAACAACAACAACAACAGUUCCUUCCAAAUGUAUUGGCGCAGCCACAUCAAAUGACGAUGCAACAUCCACUGGUUGCCGGUGCUGCACAAAUCAUGUCGCAACAGCAGCCGACAACUAUGCUAAUGCAAGGGCAAAUGCAGGUGCCCGCGAACAUGCAUCCACAAACUCUUCCGACUCUAUAUAAUCAGGCUCAGUCGGUGCAACAGCCACAACAGCAGCAGCAGCAACAGCCACAGCAAAUUGUUCAGCCAAUUGCAAAUGUUGCUGAUGCUCAACAGCAGCAAGCCCAGCAACUAGUUAACUAUGCAGCCGCCUCCAGCCAACUGCAGCAGCAACAGCAGCCAUUCCUACAAAAUCCACAGCAGCCAAUGCAGCAACAAAUACCAUUGGAGCAGCAGCUGCAGCAGCUAUUGCAUGGUCAACCACAGGCUCAAAUCGUGCAGCAGCAACAACCGCAGCAACAGCAACAACCACAGCAGCAGCAACAACAACAACAUCCACAGCAGCAGCCACAACAACAUCCACAGCAGCAGCCACAACAACAUCCACAGCAGCAGCAGCAACAACCCACACAACCAUUAGCUGAACAACAACCAAUACAACAACAACAGCAGCAGCAGCAGUUACCGAACAUAGCCAUAAAUCAACAGGCAACAUCUGUGGCCCCGGAGCAUGCAGCAGUUGCUGCUCCAAGCAUUGAGCCGCAACAGACACCAGCCAACAAUCCUGCAGACGCCGAAAAGGAGCAAAAACAACAGCAGCAGCAACAUGCUGGAUCACGUAUGCAGAAGCCGCGUCGUUCCAAUCGUAGCGGGAACGAGCGCAUACCAAAGCUGAGCGUGACCAGCGUGGAUGACGGCAGUGUCAUUAAUUGCCAUAUGGAAAACAAGCUGAAGACGAUAACAUUUAAAUUUGACAUUAGCGAUGUAAAUCCAGUUGAAAUUGCCAACAAACUGAUUGCGCAAGAUUUACUGUCCAACUGUCAAAAUACCGUAUUUGUAGAGAUGAUAAACGAUAUUGUUGAGCAGGUUAAGCAGAAUCCACAACAAAUUCCAAUUCCAACCACUUAUCGACGCAACAUUGAGAAGGUCCGUCACGCGUCUCUAACUCGACAGCGUUCCACAUUUAGAACACAUCAAAGACAUAGAUCUCGGGAUGAAACCGCGAGCGACAUCACUAAGAUGUUCGAGCCUUCAGCACAAGGCACGGAUUCAAAUGGAGGAGCCGCCGAUGCCGCGGGAACUGAACAAUCCGCCACUGGUGAGAUAAAAGGGCGCGAGUCUUCUGCAACCCAAAGCAAUGCCGAAUUGCAACUGAAUGCAGCAACGCCACCAACAACCACUUCAACCAUCUCGUCCUCCUCGACAACCUCUAGGGAUGCGGGCAACAACAGCAAUGACGUGACAAUAGGCUCUGCUUCGGCCUCACGCAAAACCAGCACUGCCUCGGAAUAUACAUCGCUGUCGAUUGACUAUAUGCCGGAUAACGCCAUUACGCCCACAGGCAAUGAGCCAUUUCAGCCAUUGGAUGGCGGCGGCGGUGGCUUGGAAAAGCCAAACUCCGAGCAGAAAGCACGCAGUCUGGCGAUAAGUCGAGUCCAAAUGCUAUUGGAGUCAACGCGCAGCGAAGCAAAACCGAGAAGCUUGAAUUUGCCAUUGAAUCGUCAAUUGAAGAUUGUGGAUGAUUUAAAGCACACCCGUAGCUUGGAUGACCUCAGCGAGGUGAACAUUACAUUCGAGAUGCCAGCCAGCAGCAAGGCGGGCAAAAAGGCUCGCGACCUUGCCAAAGCGAAUGCCGACAAAUCCAAAGAGACGGCCGCUCAACUGGGCGCAGUGCAGCCACCCGGUGCCACCAAUACACUGGAACAGCUAAAAAUCGAACUGGAGAAUAUAACGCAUGCGCAUGCAUUCGCCUCAGCCGUUGUUGCCUCCAUCAAUAGCAGACCCGGCACUUAUCAAGCCUCGCCGGCAAUUGCAUCGAUGAAAGCCUUGUCCGCCCAGCAGCCGGCGCAAACUGGUCCAGAGACAGUGGUCACCAAGUCAAGCAGCGUGGGUGGUGGCAGUGGAUCGGCGGCCUCGCUUGGACAAAAUACACCCACCGCAGUUCUAAACUCGGCACGUGGCUCAUCCGUUUACAACUCGCGACGCACUUCCAUCGACAACAGUCUGGGCUCCGAUAUGCAACUGCCAGCAUCGAAUCUAAACAUUAACCACGAGACUCCGAGCCAGGUCGUUGACAGCAUAGCUAGUGUUGAGACUGGUGGCACCGACAAGAAACUGACCAAACAGGAGAGCUUGGAUAAAUUGUCAAAUACUUUGAGUGUGGGCGGCGAUGCCAAGAAUGCUAGCAAUGGAGCACUUAAUCAAAACUCUAUAGCCGAUCUGGAGAAAAAAUUGGCUGCCCUGCGCAAUGUCGAUAACACUGAGGAGGCGCCAAACGUUGCGACAAAUGUGGCCGCUGCUGCCAAAGCAGCUGAUGAACCCGUGCCGGUUGUCAAUGCACGCAAAGUGUCCCGAUUCAGCGUGAGUCGAGUGCAGGAGCAAAAGACUGCCAUGGACGAGGCGACACAGAAUCAACUGAAGAUCGAUCUGCAGGUGGCAGGCCUUGCUGCUGGGCAGGGACAUAACUUUAAUGCCAUGCAAAAUGGCAGCGCUGUCAACACACCCACUGAGCUAAUUAGUUCACCCAUACAGAACGUUCCGAUGGCCAUUAAUGGCAUCCAAUUGAUUUAUCAGCAGCAAGCCGCACCGCCAGGCGUCGGUGUGGGCGUGAUGGUGCCACAGACUCAAGUUGGUGCUACGACUCAGCCGUCUAGUCUUCAAAUGCAGCAUCCGCAACAACAGCAGCAGCAGCAGCAACAACACAUGUAUUCAAAUAUGCCGCAGCUUCAUCAGCCACCAAUAGGCACACUUCCGCAAAUGGUAAAUGCUGUGCAGCAACAACAAAUACCCUUGCAACAAAUGUCACAGCAGCAAACUCAACUCAUUGCUCAGCAGCAACAGCAGCAGCAGCAACAGCCAAUUUUGUUGCAACAGCAGCAAGCUGCACAACAGUUUACAUUACCCACAUCACAGUCACAGCAGCAGCAGCAGCAGCCGCAGCCACCGCAUGCAACACAGCAGUAUUUGCAGGCGCAGCCCGAUCAAAUGCAUCAGCUCUCACCCCUGAUGAUGGCCAUGGGCGUUGGCGUUGGACAACAGAUGCAGCCACAUCAACUGGGUAUGCCAACUCACCAACUACUUACACAGCAGCAGCAGCAGCAGCAACAACAGCAGCAAUCCAUGUAUAUGGCGGGUCAGCUGCUGCAACAGGCGCCUCUGGUAGGAGCACAGCAACCAGCCCAGACCAUGCAGCAUGUCCUGCAGCCGCUGUUCAAUCCAGCCGUUGCUGAAGUUGCUGAGGAGCCCGUGUCACUGGCAGCCACUCAUCCUCAUCUGUUGCCAAGCGAUAUUCAAUCGGAUAUAAAGCAUAAUCUGGACUCGUUGGUCAAUCAGUUGUGCAAUUCACGUUUGGGCACAAACCAACACCAGCGACUGCUGCUACUACGUCAGCGGCAGCUGAUUGAGGAGGACGAACUGCGUUUGAAGCACUAUGUUGAAUAUGAAAAGUUUCAGAAGGCACUGCGCCAAUCUCUUAGCACAAACGCUCCAACUACAACCGCAUAUUAUUCUCCAGCCGCUGCACCGGUUCAAACGAAUUUGACAGGACCAGCAGCAGCAGCAGCCGUGGUAGCGCCACAACCACAACCAGCAUCAUCAACAGCUACACCAGCAGGCUCUACAAAUACAUAGAUAUGAGAAUCCGUGUAAAGAUGUUACGGUUGUCGUUUCCCGUAUUCAUGACAAGUCAUUAACAUUGCUAGCACCCAAAUACUGUUCGGCAACGGAACUGGCAUGAUUUCGAUUUUGAUAAAUUAUUAAGUAAAAACUUGUCGAAUUAUGUUUUUUGGGAUUGUCUGUAAAUAUGUAGUCACACAGUUUUCAGUUGAUUUGCCAUUGUUUAGCUUUUUGUUUUGUUCUUAUUUUUGUUUUUGAUUUUUUUUUUUUCAUUCUAUUCCUAUUUCUUAUUAUGCAAUGCUGUUUCCUCUCAUUUGUUUCUAAAUCAAAAUGAAGUUUUGAAUUAUUUUAUUUAAGCAAAUUGUAAAUUUGAUUAGCGCUAAAGUGUAAAUAAAUAUUUCAAUAAUAUCAUAUACACUCAUACAUCAAUAUACAUACUUAUUAUUAUAUAUAUACAUACUAUAUGUUUUAAACCAUUCAGUGAUUUAUGUUUUGCGUAGUUACUAAAUAAAUAAACUUUUAUUGAACUUAAACUGAA